AUGGGGAAUGAAGAAGCAGUUGAUAAGAAAUUCACUUGGGUGAUUAAGAAUUUCUCAUCUCUGGAAUCUGCGUGUUUGACCAUUCAUUCUGAUGAAUUUGUGAUCGCUGGCUGCAAAUGGCGUCUUAUGGCCUAUCCUAAGGGAUUUCAGAAUGCUAGUCAUCUGUCUCUGUAUCUGAUGGUUGCUACUCGUAAAACUUUGCCUUGUGGAUGGAGAAGACACGUAAAAUUUCGCCUAACUGUUGUCAAUCAACUCUCCGGUAUACUCUCCCAACAACGAGAUAAAGAACAAUGGUUUGAUCAAAAUGUUACUCUCUCUGGAAAUCAUAAAAUGCUUCUCCUUACCAAACUUUAUGGCAAGAAAAGUGGAUUUCUUGUCAACGAUGAAGUCAAGAUUACUGCGGAGGUAGAUGUUCUUGAAGUUAUUGGCGAAUUAGACGUUUCAGAUGCACCUAUAAAGGUAACUCAACCUCCGAAAAGGAUAAAGCUUAACGAUCAUGGUGCUUCCGUAAAGGAAAGCAUUAAUGUCUAUGGAUUUCAAGUUCUUCCUUCACAGGCGGAAUCUGUGAAACGUAUAUUGGAAAGACACCCGGAUAUAACACUAGAGUUCCGAGUAAAGAACCAACAUAUGAGGACAUCAUGCAUAAAUCUCCUUCUCAACAUAAUCGAGACGUUAUGCCAGGCACUGCAAGACUUUUCCAUUGAUGACUUAAGCCAAGCAAAGAAAACAUUAACAUACCUGAAGUAUUCGGGGUUUAAGGUGGAUUGGUUGGAACGUAAGCUGGAGGAAGUAAAGAAAAAGAAGAUGGAAAAGCAGUUUGGUAAGACUCGGAUGCAAGAGUUAGAGGAAGAGCUCAAGGUCUUUAAGAAGAAGUGCUCAGAAAUAGAAGCUAUACUGGAGAAAGAGAAGGAAGAACUGAACAACUUGAAGCUAAAGUGCUCAGAAACAGAAGCUCUGCUGGGAAAAGAGAAGACAAAGGUGUUGGCUGCUGCCAGAACUCCUCGUCUAACGUUGGAUGAUUUUGUCUGA